GCCAAGCCUUCUUCAUUGGACUUUCUUCGUCCUCUUCUUUACAGUUGUCUUACAAAAUGGGCGGCCAGGUCUCGAGGACCGACUUUGAAUGGUCAUAUACUGAAGAACCCCAUGCGAGCAGACGAAAAGAAAUACUGGCUAAAUAUCCUGAGAUCAAGAAGCUUAUGGGAUUUGACCCAAAUUUCAAAUAUCAAGUGGCAUUUCUGGUGGUCCUACAAUUCCUACUAGCGUACAUAGCCAAGGAUCUCUCCUGGCCGCUGCUCAUUUUGGUAGCAUACAUUGCUGGUGCUGUGAUAAACCAUGCAUUGUUACUUGCUAUUCAUGAGAUAUCUCACAACCUCGCAUUUGGACAUUCAAAGCCAAUGUACAACAGACUACUUGGCUUUUUUGCCAACCUGCCAAUAGGCAUUCCAGUGUCUAUUUCAUUCAAGAAGUAUCAUCUAGAGCAUCAUCGUUACCAGGGAGAUGAGGAACUUGAUGUUGACCUGCCGACAGAGUUUGAAGCCAGGAUGUUUUUUAAUACCAUAACCAAGUUGCUAUGGGUGAUCAUGCAGCCAUUCUUUUAUUCUCUGCGUCCCAUGUUCGUCAAUCCCAAACCACCCACCAGCCUUGAGGCGAUCAAUUUUGUUUUACAGGUUGUGACAGAUGCUGUAGUUCUAUAUUAUUUGGGUGGCAAGUCGCUGGUGUACUUGAUUGCUUCCUCACUCCUUGGUAUGGGCCUCCACCCAGUGGCAGGGCACUUCAUUGCCGAGCAUUACAUGUUCACAGAGGGGUACGAGACCUUUUCCUACUAUGGUCCUUUGAACUUUGUGACCUUCAAUGUUGGCUACCACAAUGAACAUCACGACUUUCCUAGUGUUCCUGGUUCAAGACUUCCUAUGGUCAAAAAGAUUGCUUCAGAGUAUUACGACAAACUACCUCACUAUCAUUCCUGGAGUAAAGUUAUAUAUGAAUUUAUUACAGACCCAAAGGUCGGCCCAUUUGCACGAGUAAAGCGCAAGUCAAGGAAUCAACUUGUAAAACAGACCCUGGAUGACUCAAAAGAUAAAUAGAAAAAUGACAUUGCUGGUAGGGUUAGCAUAGUAGUGUUGGUGUUCUAACUUGGAAAAAAUCCCAGAAAAAAUAAACAUCGGACUUGACUCAAA